AUGAGUUGGCCUGAGGAAGUAUCACGAUUGGAGACGUCGUCGAACGGUGAUUCAGAAUCGAGCGAGAGUGAAGGUGAACCGACGAGUUCUCAUAAUGGUGUCACUGGUAUUUACAACAUGGGUAAUACGUGCUAUAUGAAUAGUGCUAUCCAGUGUUUGAGUAAUACCAAACCACUCACUGAAUAUUUCAUCGAAGGACGACAUAAAGUCGACAUGAAAAAGUACACAUUUGCUGUAUUCAUUGAAAACUUUCUGCUUUAG